AUGGAAGGUGAAAGGCCAACGCCAGCAGACACGGAUAUGCCUGGUGGUUACCCUGAGACACCAUCCUCACUUUACGGUCUCCGUUCAACAACUAGUCAUGGUUUCCCUCAUGCUACGAAUCGAACAUCAUACAUCGGAGUUGAUGGGUCGGUAAAUACUCCUGAGCACACACUCACGCCAUCACCCCACGGAAAUAUAAAUAAUAUAUAUGUUGAUAGCGCUGCCGCCCGCGAUGAUGCUAGUCCCUCUUCGUCCAGGCACGUAACCAGAGAUGCGCCCGCCCAGACAAUCUCAGAUUCGGAAUCAAAUGGAUCUGGUGAGACCGAAAUUGGUGAAACCGAAAUUGGCCAAACUGAAGGUGGCCAAAGAGAAGUUGAACCUCGUUUCGAGGCCAUCAAGUCACCAACAGAGCAAUCUAAUCUAGAGCCCACGCGGAGCACUACUCGGACUGAAGAUGACCUGUUUCGCGCCUUGUCACGACGCCGGAGUUCUAUCUCCGCCGCCGAGUCGCAAGAAGAUCACGACGAGAUCGAACGGCUAAUGUCCCGUAUGUUCGGCAAGGCGCGUCAACAUCAGAGCGAUGAUGAAACCCCAAAACAUGCCGGUGUCAUUUUCCGUAACUUGACGGUUAAAGGAGCCGGUCUAGGGGCAAGCUUGCAGCCUACUGUCGGAGACAUUUUCUUGGGUCUUCCAAGGUUUCUCAAGAACCUCAUAACCAAAGGACCCAAGGCAGCUACCGCGAAACCACCUGUAAGAGAAAUUCUUAGCAACUUUAACGGUUGUGUCCGUCCAGGUGAGAUGUUGCUUGUCCUUGGCCGACCAGGAUCUGGAUGUACGACCUUUUUGAAGACAUUUUGUAACCAACGGGCUGGCUACGAGGAUGUUUUGGGCGACGUUACCUACGGCGGUACGGAUGCGAAGCGCAUGGCCAAGGACUUUAGAGGCGAAAUCAUUUAUAAUCCAGAAGAUGAUUUACACUAUGCCACACUAACAGUCAAGCACACAUUGACAUUCGCUCUCCAAACUCGUACCCCUGGCAAGGAGUCGCGGAAAGAAGGUGAGAGUAAGAGUGAUUACGUGAAGGAAUUUCUCAGAGUGGCUACCAAAUUGCUUUGGAUUGAACACACCAUGAACACAAAGGUUGGAAACGAGUACAUCAGAGGCGUAUCGGGCGGCGAACGCAAACGCGUCAGUAUUGCCGAAGCCCUAAUCACUCGGGCAAGUGUGCAAGGCUGGGAUAACUCAAGCAAGGGACUCGAUGCAUCGACUGCCGUGGAGUAUGUCCAGUCGUUGAGAGCCUUGACGAACAUGGCCCAAGUUUCGACCGCUGUAUCUCUUUACCAAGCUGGAGAGUCUUUGUAUAAACUUGUUGAUAAGGUACUUUUGAUCGACAACGGCCAAUGCCUAUACUACGGCCCGUCAGAUAGCGCCAAACAGUAUUUCCUCGACUUAGGAUUCGAUUGCCCUGAACGGUGGACGACGGCCGACUUCCUUACAUCUGUCACUGACCCCCACGAGCGCAGUAUCAGGGCGGGCUGGGAGAACCGGAUCCCGCGCUCGGCCCAAGAUUUCGCUGAUGUUUACAGGAAAAGCGACGCUUAUCAGCGAAACCUACAGGACAUAACUGAUUAUGAAGCCCAACUCGAAGAGCAGGAGCGCACCGUUGACAGGUCUAAGGCGAUGAAGAAAAAUAAUUACACCAUAUCGUUUCCCCAACAGGUGGUAGCUCUUACCAAACGCCAGGCCCUAAUCAUGCUCGGAGACAAAGCUUCUUUGAUGGGAAAAUGGGGUGGAAUCGUAUUCCAAGGACUUAUUGUUGGAAGUCUGUUCUAUAACCUCCCCAAUACGGCAGCAGGCGCCUUCACCCGUGGUGGUGUCUUGUUCUUCAUCCUACUAUUCAACGCCUUGCUGGCCUUGGCUGAACAGACUUCGGCAUUUGCGUCGAAACCUAUCUUGCUGAAGCACAAAAACUUUUCAUUUUAUCGACCUGCUGCGUACACACUGGCGCAAACCGUCGUGGAUAUACCCUUAGUCUUCAUCCAAGUAACAUUAUUUGAUGUCAUCAUCUACUGGAUGGCGGGACUCUCCGCGACCCCAUCCCAAUUCUUUAUUUCUAUCCUGAUCCUCUGGACAGUCACUAUGACAACGUAUGCGUUCUUCCGUGCAAUCUCGGCAAUAUUCAAAACCUUGGAUGAUGCUACGAAAGUCACUGGUGUCGCGAUCCAGAUCAUCAUUGUCUACACUGGAUACCUAAUACCACCUUCUUCCAUGCACCCGUGGUUUAGCUGGCUGAGAUGGAUCAACUGGCUUCAAUACGGAUUCGAGUGUCUCAUGUCCAACGAGUUCUACAACCUAAACCUAGAUUGUGUCCCUCCGUUCCUUGUUCCUCAGAGCGAGGGGGCCUCGUCGGCAUAUCAGUCCUGCACAUUAGUAGGGUCAAGCCCUGGAUCAACAGUGGUGUCUGGCGCUUCAUAUAUCGGACAGUCUUUCAACUAUACUCGCGUCCAUCUUUGGCGAAACUUUGGGUUUUUGUGGGCCUUCUUCUUUUUCUUCCUCGCCAUAGCAAUGGUAGGCAUGGAAAUGAUGAAGCCAAACGCCGGAGGUGCUUCAGUAACAGUUUUCCAACGCGGCCAAGUCCCAAAGGAUAUCCAAAAGUCAAUCGAGACCGGUGGCCGCCAUGGUCAUGAUAAUGAUGAAGAGUCCGGAAGUGGAAGUACUAGCGAAAAACCGGUCGUUGGAACAGAUUCUGCGUCGCAAAACCAUGAAGCCAUGCGUAACGUGGCAAAGAACGAAACGGUAUUCACAUUCCAAAAUGUCAACUACACUAUUCCCUACGAAGGCGGCGAGAGAAAACUGCUGCAGAACGUGCAGGGCUUCGUCCGACCUGGUAAACUGACGGCUCUGAUGGGUGCCUCUGGUGCGGGAAAAACAACAUUGCUAAAUACUUUGGCUCAGAGAAUCAAGUUCGGUGUCGUCACUGGCGACUUUCUCAUAGAUGGACGCCCCCUUCCCAAGUCGUUUCAGAGAGCUACAGGCUUUGCUGAACAACUUGAUAUUCAUGAGCCCACCGCCACUGUGCGAGAAGCGUUGCAGUUCUCGGCACUCCUGCGUCAACCAAAGGAAGUCCCGAAGAAGGAAAAGUACGCCUAUUGUGAGACGAUUAUUGAGCUUCUUGAGAUGCAAGGUAUAGCCGGCGCGACUAUUGGACAAGUUGGCGAGGGUCUUAAUGCAGAACAGCGCAAGCGACUGACCAUUGGCGUCGAGCUUGCAUCUAAACCAGAAUUGCUAAUGUUUUUGGACGAGCCCACAUCUGGCCUUGACUCGGGGGCUGCUUUCAACGUUGUCAGGUUCCUUCGGAAACUUGCUGACGCUGGUCAGGCCAUCUUGUGUACCAUACACCAGCCUUCCGCAGUGCUUUUUGAGAACUUUGACGACCUAAUCUUGCUCAAGUCUGGAGGGCGAGUAGCUUAUGCUGGCGAGUUAGGCAAGGAUAGCCAAACGUUGAUCAACUAUUUCGAAUCCAACGGAGCCCCCAGGUGUCCCCGGGAUGCAAAUCCGGCUGAGUGGAUGUUGGAGGCUAUCGGAGCCGGAAAUCCUGAUUAUAAAGGUCAAGACUGGGGAGAUACCUGGCAAAACUCCAAAAUGUAUCAGAACCAAUCCAGUGAUAUGUCGCAGAUGAUCGAGCAGCGCCGAGGUGUUCAGCAUUCGCAGAAUAUUCAGGACGACCGCGAAUACGCUAUGCCUUUAUGGACCCAAACGGUGACUCUGGUAAAACGUUCCUUCGUCGCAUAUUGGAGGACGCCAAACUACAUCAUGGGAAAGAUGAUCCUGCAUAUAUUUACCGGUCUCUUCAACACAUUUACGUUUUGGCGCCUGGGUUUUGCCAGCAUCGAUAUGCAAUCCCGACUAUUCUCGAUUUUCAUGAACCUCACCAUCUCACCUCCAUUAAUUCAGCAACUUCAGCCUGUCUUCAUCAACUCGCGAAAUAUCUUCUCCUCUCGCGAGAACAAUGCCAAGAUAUACUCUUGGUUCGCGUGGACCACGGCUGCCGUACUGGUAGAAAUCCCUUAUUCUCUUGUUGCGGGAGCUAUCUACUACAAUUGUUGGUGGUGGGGAAUAGGGGGUUAUCGCAUGCUUGGCUUUCCGUCUGGCUUUAUUUUCUUAUGCGUGAUGUUGUUUGAACUAUAUUAUGUUGGCUUCGGUCAGGCCAUCGCGGCAUUCAGUCCCAACGAGCUUCUGGCAAGUUUGUUCGUUCCCCUCUUCUUCCUCUUUGUCGUCUCCUUCUGUGGCGUUGUCGUACCUGCAGCGCAGCUACCAUACUUUUGGCGACAGUGGAUGUACUGGCUUACCCCAUUUCACUACCUGCUCGAAGCAUUCUUGGCCACCUCGAUUCAUGACCAGCCUGUGCAGUGUAAAGAGGGCGAGUUUGCUCGCUUUCCUGCCCCACCUGGUCAAACUUGCGAGUCGUACGCUCAAAGCUACGUUUCGCAGGCGGGCGGGUACCUUCAGACCGGCGCAGAUGGGCUCUGCGAGAUAUGCCAGUAUGCAACGGGCGACGAAUUUGGGCGACAAUUUAGUGUUUAUUACACCAACAUCUGGCGUGACUUUGGCAUCGUGUGUGCCUUCAUCGCAUUCAAUUACGCCGUUGUUUAUUUCGCCACAUACUUGCGAUUCAGAGGCAAGAACCCUAUCAGAGGAGUGAUGUUGAGGAUGAAGCAGAAAAGAGCAGGAAGGAAGACAACUUGA